GAGCAAAGGGGAUCGGGAGUCAGUUAUGCGCCGCCGCCUACCCUGCGCGGCUGCGCCCAUCUCCCACCUCGCGCCGUCAUCGUCGCCGUCGGAUGCCUCGAAUGGGGAUCCAGUGCUGCUUGCGAGUAGGCGACCAAAUAAGCAGCUCCCAAUCGAAGCAGCAGCAGCUCCAUUUUUCGAGCAGCUCCUUUCCGAGCUGCGACCGGCAAUCGAAGCAAUCAAGCUGGCUCCAGUCGGAGCCGCAAUCCGCAAUCGAAGCAGCUCCCUUUUUUAGUGGCUAAUCCGGAAUCAAAGCAGUCCUUUCCGGAUUACAAUCAGAAACAGGCCCUCUUUCGAAUUCAGUCUCCAGGUUUCCAUUGGUGGCGAGUCUCAAUUGGUGGUGGACAGCCUAGACAUCAGUUUUCGGAGUGACCAGCAACUCGGGCGAUGGCCAAGUCUAGUCGCCGGCGACGGGCUGCCAAAUUGAAUGCUAAGAAAGGCAGUCAAGAUGAUAGGAUCAGCAGCUUGCCCAAUGAUAUCCUGGUCAACAUUCUUGAUCGACUCGAUGUCCGCGACGCUGUGAGAACCAGUGUCCUCUCGAGACGGUGGAGCCAGCUUCCUGCCAUGCUCCCACAGCUUAGAAUAAAUGCUCAGGACAUACUGCCCUCAAAAAUUAAAACCGGCAUGUCCGAUGAUGAAUUGGUUCGAAUGUCCAAUGCAGUUGUUAUCAAAGCGACAAAGAGCAUACUGGCACGCAGGGAUCCAGUCGAAUGCACCAUCCGCUUCUUCAGUGCGACGUUCUACUUGAGCGACGAUGCACCCUUAUCAGUUGGGCAUGCUGUUGGCAGUGCCAUGGUGACACACAAAAUUGAGAAGGCCGAAUUCAGAGUUUUGACACAGAAGAAACGCCUAGAGUGCACCAUUGGCGAUAUGCUGACCUAUGGGAAACGGUUUGUGUUGUUUUUCAACAAGUGUCUAAAUGCAUUCGCUGGUCUCACGCGCCUCUGCCUGCAGAACUUGAGAUUCGCUGAAUCUGACUUUGUCUCCAACAUCCUCGUCACUUGCAAGCAGUUGAAUUAUUUAGGUUUUCUCAAUUGCGACACAAAGAGUUGGAUAACGCUCCAAGUUGAGCACGCACAACUCAGUGAGCUCAGUAUUGUCAAUUGCCGUUUUGACAUGGUCGAACUCACCUGGCUUCCGAAGCUCACCUGUCUGGCGUUUGAGAUUUGGAUCGCUUUCAACGAACCACCACUGUCAUUUGGCUAUGUCCCAUUGCUUGAGGUUCUCAGCCUUUCAAAUGUUGCUUAUAAUCGGCACAAAAUGGUCAAGUUAAGUACAUUUCUUGGCGAGACCUCUGUUCGAGACCUGAAGUUGGGGUUUAAAUGUGAAAAGAUUUGGGUUCAACCAGAGUGUUUGGCCGGAAGGCAGGCACAUGUGUUCCACCAACUAAGGAUUCUCCGUCUAUUUGGCAUUCCUGAAGGGUAUGAUCUCACCUGGACAAUGUUCUACUUGGAAGCGGCACCGUCCCUGGAGGAGCUCUACAUGACGGUGGUUGAUCAUCCGUGUGAAAUGGAAAUGGAUGAGAAGGUGAGGAGGCGGGAGUCGUAUAGCGAGAACAAGGGGGUCCAGUGGGAAUCACCUACACCAAAUUUCAAGCACCAUCGUCUCACCAAGCUAGCCUUCUUCUGCUUCCAGUCUGAAGAAUACAUGGUGAGUCAUGUCAGGCGUGUCAUGAAAGCAGCGGUGAAUCUAGGGGAUGUGUACCUGUAUGACAGGGUCACAUGUAUCUACUGUGAAGGCGUGGAGCCUCUAAAGCCGAUAGUGUUUCCGAAGACAGAUGAGCAGAUGUCUUCAGUGGAGAAGCAAAUCAGAGAGGGCACUGAGUCACCUGCCAUAAUCCAUUUCCUGUCGGCUGCUGAAAUAAGCGAUGAUUAUCUUGCAAGGAUAUGUGAAGACGGUUAGACGCAGCUUCUUUGCAUACCAGUCGGCUGGAAUGAGUAUUGUAUUGGACUAGAAAAAAGCGGCGCAAGUCUGCAUUUCCUUAAUUUGGUGUGCUUUUUUAGUUGCAAUGCCCUGUAUAAUUAAAAUCGGUUGAAAGUGAUCGUGGCACUGUUGUCGGUGGAUUCAAGAAUUUGAUAAUCCAGUUAAAUUUGAGACCAAA